UGCCUCGGUUCCGCCAUGCACAGAUCUGUUACGAUGGACUCGAAGGCAGCGAUCAACAAGGGCAAUUUUCUCUCGCAGCAGGAAGAUUUCCACCCGUUCAUCGAGGCGCUAUUGCCGUACGUGAAGUCCUUCAGCUAUACCUGGUUCAAUCUGCAAGCAGCCAAGCGGCGGUACCUCAAAAAGCACGAGAAAAAGAUGACACACAACGAGGAGAACAAGUGCAAGCGCGACUUUCAGAAUGAAAACCCGGAAACGAAGCAAAAGUGGGCCGCCCGUCUACUCGGCAAACUGCGCAAGGACAUCACGCACGACAGCCGGGAAAACUUCGUGCACUGCAUUUCGAAGAAAAAGACCUCCAUGUGCAUCCUCUCGAACCCGGACCAGAAGGGCAAGAUGCGGCGGAUAGAUUGCCUGCGCCAGGCGGACAAGGUCUGGCGGCUCGAUCUGGUGAUGGUGAUCCUGUUCAAGGCGAUCCCGCUCGAAAGCACCGACGGCGAACGGCUCGAAAAGGCGUGCUUCUGCACCAGCCCGAGUCUGUGCAUCAACCCGUACCAUAUUCAAGUAUUAAUCAAGGAGCUAGACCUCUACCUGGCCAACUUUAUCAAGUGCUUCAGCGAUGAGGAGAACCAGAGCGAGAAGUCACACAACAGCUCGCGGAAGUUCUCCAAGACCGGAUCCAGCAACAAGGUGUACAGCUACGACUUCAUCGCACCGACCGGUGUCUUCACCUCCUCUGAGUUGUGGAGCAUCACGCAAGCUAGAAGAGGCGAUUUUCUGGGGUUUCUCUUUCGCAGGUUCUUUUCGUUGUAGGGUACCACUCGAGGCAGGAGAGCGUUGGCAAAGCCUACACCUGAUGCUCCAUCGUUUAUCCAAGUUGUUCGCCUUCUAAUAUCGCUUUUUAUCUUUCUCGGUUAUUGAUCGCUGUCUGGACGACACUCACUAUUAAUCUCUUCAUGUUGGAGGUACCUCGACGGGACUUGGAGCGAAUUGGACAAUGGAAUGAAGAAUCUUGAACGGUACAUGAGGCCUAACCUGUCUUUCAUCCGACGGCUUGGAAAGUAAGUCACCGCAGGAUGUUCAAGAAUGAGAACUCUUUUUACCUACUGCAGAACUGAUCUCCACAAGCCCGGGUUACUAUCAUAAAUUGUCACUAAUGGAUGCGAAUAAAAAACCAAAG